CAGAGAAAGACGUUUUAUCCUCUAUUCUCAAAAACAGGACAGAGGACGGAUUCUAUGACUCCACAAGCAGGCUGAGGGAGGCAAAUAUGGCUCUGAUCAUAUUAAACAGAAAAAACAGUUUAAAGUUGUUUUCAUUUAACAGGUUAAUUUUGAGUGUAAAUUAUCUUUGUUCACCUGCCGGAGUGACACAGCUCAACUGCUGAGCUGGACCUGCUGAGGAAAACACAGGGCCGGAGGAGGGGCACCAGGAGGAGAAAGGAGGCGGCCAGGUCCAGCAGGAAGCUUGAGCACAGGCUCCGCGGGGUGAUGAGGACGGCCAGGCGGGCGAGCAAUGUGGAGGUGCCCUCCUUCCUCCGGCAUCUGGUCAAAGAGACAGAGAAGAUGGUCACCUUCUUCUUCAAGGGAGGGAUCAGGGAGGCAGGGUCUGGGGAGGAGGACAGUCUGGACGAGGAGGACUUCAUGCCGAGCCCGUACCUGGACCGUCCCAACCUGGAGAAGCAUGUGUCGGAGGGGGGGUCGCAGUCUGGGAUGAACUAUGCUGAGGCGAGCAUGCAGGGCUGGAGGGCUCAGAUGGAGGACGCUCACACCUGCAUGCCCCAGCUGAAGGGGGAGCUGACAGAAUGGGGGUACUUUGCUGUGUUUGACGGACAUGCAGGGUCAAACGUGGCACAGUACUGCUCCAGGAACCUGCUGGAUCACGUCCUGGCAACAGGUGGGGUUAAAGCAAGCGAGGACCCUGAGCAGGUGAAGGAGGGGAUCCGGGAGGGCUUCCUGGACAUCGAUCGCCACAUGCACAAACUGACUCGCCAGGACAACUGGGAACGAAGCGGCUCCACUGCGGCGGCCGUCAUGAUCUCACCACGUUACAUUUACUUUAUCAACUGUGGGGACUCGCGCACUCUGCUCUGCCGCAGCGGCCGGGUGGUCUUCUACACGGAGGACCACAAGCCGUUCAAUCCCAGGGAAAAGGAGCGCAUCCAGAACGCCGGAGGCUCGGUGACCCUGCAGAGGGUCAAUGGCUCGCUGGCCGUUUCCAGGUCACUGGGGGACUUUGACUUCAAGGAGGUGGACUGGAGGCCGCAGACUGAGCAGCUAGUGUCGCCGGAGCCGGAGGUGUACGAGCUAGAGAGGACGCCUGAAGACGAGUUCCUAAUCCUGGCAUGUGACGGUGUGUGGGACGCCAUCGGCAAUGAGGAAUUGUGUGCCUUUGUGUGCAGCCGUCUGCAGGUGUGCGAUGACCUGAGAGAGAUUUGUACCCAAGUCCUUGACCUCUGUCUUUACAAGGGCAGCUUGGACAACAUGAGCAUCAUCAUCAUCUGUUUCCCCGGCGCCCCCAAAGUGUCACAAGAGGCACUGCAGCAGGAGGCAGCGCUGGAGAAACAGAUCGAUGUGAAAGUGGGAGAAAUUAUCAAGAUGAUGAGGUCAAGAGAUGAGGACCCUGACCUUCUUUAUGUGAUCAAAUUCCUGGCCGCGGAGGAGAUGCCAGGACUUCCACCAGGAGGCGGCAUCACCAGCAAACGAGAAUGUAUUAUUGCUGCGUAUCAGAAACAUAUCAUGACUGUUAGACCCCAGGAGCCUAUGGACAUCGAAGGAUCGGUGGAGGACUCACCACCGGCUUCACCAUCUCCCCGGAGACCAGUUUAGACACCGUGUUCAUUUUAGAUGAGCAGUAAGCUAAUGAAAAGUCUUCAUGUAAAUUAUUCUCUUUGAGUUUUUUGCUUUCAGGUGAAUAAAAGUCAAACUUAAUU